UCCCAUUAUCCUAUCUCCGUCAACAAAACAACCCAUUUCUGUGUUUUUACACAAACCCAUCUCGAUCCCAAUCUCUAUCUCCUCUCUUUUUCUCUCUCUCAAACACUCAAAGAUCCAAUCUUUCUCUCAUGCCAUGGGAGCCCUGUAUGCUUCUGCCUCCACCUGUUCCAGUUCCUCAUCUCUCCCUUUAUGUCCUGUCAACUUUGCCCGCGCAUCUCUCAAGACUCCCCGGACUUUGGCUUUUCCCAGCUGCAUCAGAAAACACACUCAUGUCGCCAGAGCCUCUGUAGCAGUUGAGCAGCAGACCCAUAAUUCCAAAGUCGCUCUUAUCAAAAUUGGCACCAGAGGAAGCCCACUAGCUCUUGCUCAAGCUUAUCAAACAAAAGAAAAGCUCAUUGCAUCACAUCCCCACUUGGCUGAAGAGGGGGCAAUUGAAAUUGUGAUUAUCAAAACUACUGGUGAUAAGAUACUGAGCCAACCACUGGCCGAUAUCGGCGGCAAGGGGUUGUUCACCAAGGAGAUUGAUGAGGCAUUGAUAAAUGGUGACAUUGACAUUGCUGUACACUCCAUGAAAGAUGUACCUACUUUGUUACCCGACAAGACCAUUUUGCCCUGCAAUCUCCCACGAGAGGACGUUCGAGAUGCAUUUAUAUGCUUAACUGCUUCUUCGCUAGGAGAACUACCGGCUGGUAGCAUUAUUGGUACUGCUUCGCUUAGACGAAAGUCGCAGAUACUCCAUAGAUAUCCGUCGCUUAAAGUAGAGGAGAACUUUCGGGGUAAUGUCCAGACUAGGUUGAAGAAACUUAAUGAGAAGGUUGUUGAAGCUACCUUAUUGGCGUUAGCUGGGCUGAAACGUCUGAAUAUGACGGAAAAUGUCACUUCAGUCCUUUCACUAGACGAAAUGCUUCCUGCUGUUGCCCAAGGGGCAAUUGGAAUUGCCUGCCGAAGCAAUGACGAUAAAAUGGCUGAAUAUAUUGACAAAUUGAAUCAUGAAGAAACAAGACUAGCUGUUGCAUGUGAGAGGGCAUUUCUUUUAACCCUGGAUGGGUCUUGCCGAACUCCUAUUGCUGGGUAUGCCAGCAAAGAUGCCGAUGGUAACUGCAUAUUCAAAGGCUUGGUAGCCUCCCCUGAUGGAACCCGUGUACUUGAGACGUCUAGGAAAGGCCUGUAUGCUUAUAAGGAGAUGAUGGAGAUAGGUAAGGAUGCAGGUCAGGAACUUCUUAAACUGGCAGGUCCUGGUUUCUUUGGUUGUUAAAGCGCAGAGGACUGACAUAAUAUUAAAGGAAAGAAGGAACUAGGAAUGAACGGUUUCUCCUCCUUUGUAUCCAAUUUUCGUGAUUUCCACCAAUAGAAUGAGAGUAGUAAGGUUUCUUUAAUAUCAUCCCCUUAGAUAGUAUCUUUCUUAAUUUUAUUCUAUUUCUUUUUAUUAUUUUUAUCAUUGCUAAAAUGGUGGUUGAUUUGAACAAAGGAUGAUUGUUUCAGUGUUGUUGUACAUUAGAAUUUAGAAGAGAAGUCAGUCGCUCAAUAGGCAUAGAUAGCUUGUUUGGUGUAAUCUGAGUUCAAUUUUAUAGAGAAAGUUUUGCUACUAUGACUAUCCCAC